GAGACGCGUGUAAGGGAAGAUAAAACACGACGCACAGGGGGCACUACCGAGAAACAACCUAGCAAAACCAGUAGUUUAUCUCUGUUAGCUUGGCUACCUACAUGUAAAGGGGUGUAGCAGAAAAAAAGAGAAUUAUCUGGACUGUUAACAGAGCCGAUAUUUCAAGCCCUUUCUCUGUUCACACUUUACGAGGGACGUUUUCCAGAAAGCAUCCGGAAAAGUUCAGCUAGCAAGCUUAGCUAAAGCUAACUGUGCAUUGAGUCGCAGGUGUCCAUGUAAACAUGCAUGGUUUAUCAUUAAAAAUGUUAUUCGCUGCUGGUGUUUUAAUGACAGUCACGUCCUAAAUAAUUCACCGUUUCCAACGCAAGUAUCGCAAUCAUGUGAUAUGGAAUUACUUUUCGCUCUGCGUUUGAAACAGAUGUCACGGUUUGGCUAAAUAACUUGUUUACACCAAGCUAAUCUCGACUAACGUUACGUGAUAAUUCAUCAACUAAGACAACAGCGAUUUUACGCUGUACAGUGAGAAGAAGAAAUGUGGGGUGAAAUCGAUGAAGGACACAAACCAGUGAUUUCUGCGAUCUUCGAAGCACAGAUGGCGAAAGAAGAUGACAAGGUGGUCCAGGGUGUUAAUAACUCUGCAUUAGACAUGGUUUGCUCACAGCCUUCAAAGCCCCAGGUCCAGGAGGAAGUUUCCAGCAGCUUCACUGCAAUGAUGCAGGCCAUAGCAACCAGUGGAAGUCCAGUGAAGAGCCAGCAGCUGGGAGAGCCUGACCUUACUGUGGAGGAGAAAAAGGAAGUCUUAAUGGAACAGUAUAAAGCCAAGCCUUUAGUCUUUCUAGAGCGCUAUCAUGUACAUAUGAAACCAGAGCACUUGGAGGCCUUUUCUCACCUGAGCAGUGACUGUAGAGCACAGUACUACUGCACAGAGGUCCAGAAACGGGCAUCCAGUUCAGCCAGCAGGACGAGGGUCCGCAACCAUCGCUAUGCUGCCCUCCGAGCACUUCAGAGGGAGGGCCAGUACUUUAGUGAGGAGCAGAUGCGUUUUCGAGAGCCUCUGCUUUACGAGCAGUACAUUGGGCAGUACCUGAGUGAGGAGGAGAUUCUGCAGCGCUCUGAAGAAGCCAUGCAGAAAGGCCCGGGAAGUCUGGCUGACCUGCUCAUUGACUCCUAUCAAGAGAGACAGCUCCAGAACCGGCUGCAGGAUGAGCAGGAGAGACAGCAGUGUGCGGAGGAGGAGGAGGAGGAGGAAGAAGAGGAGGAGAAUGAUGAGUCUAGACAGGCAGAGUGGGAGCCAACUGCUGAAGAGAAGGCAAUGCUAAGAGAAGAGUUUCUGAGUCAGAUGCAUCAGCGCUUCUUGGAUGGCAAAGAUAAAGACUUCAACUACAGUGAAGUGGACGAGAACCCAGAUUAUGAUAACCUAGACAUUGUAAACCGUGAUGCAGAGGAGCGGUACUUUGAUGAAGAUGAUGAAGAGGAUGAAGAUGAAGAAAAUAUGGAAUAAGGAAUUUUGAGCAUUUGAUUUAAAUGACUACAACCCAAGAACGUUACUUUUUUCUUCUUUUCUAUACAUUAAAAGUGUUGAGGAUUGUACAUUGGAAUAACUUUUUAAUGAUCCAAGUUAAUUGUUGACAUCAAUAAAAAUGUUAUUUUUCUUGAUCAGAGUUGAAAUGUUGCAGUUACUAGAUGAAAAAUAGGAACAAAAUGUACUAUAUAUAUAUUUUAAAGAGAUGAAUACUUGCAUGUUAAAAUUCAACUUAGUGUGUUGUGUUUUGUAAGAUAUGCUGUAUUCUACUUUUCUUUUGCUUCAGAAUUAAACAUAAAUUAGACUUAUAGCCUUAUAGCCAAACAUA